AUGGAUCCCGCUCCCGCCGCUUCUUCACCCUCCGCUUCAGCUCCUCGUGCUUCAGUUCAUAUACCCCCCAAUCACCCACUUCCUCUCGACUUCCUCACCUCUGAUUUUGCGAGACAGCAAGUUGCCAAACAACAACACUCAAACUACCAUUCCACAUCCCUCAGAACCAUGGUGUCAACCUCUGUCAAUCGCACUGCCCUGCACCCCACUGGUGUCCAACCAGGCAAGGGCCACACGGAGCUCGAAGAGGAGCUCUACGAAACCGCACACAUUGACUGUGAAAGAGUCGCAAUUAUUGCCAACCCAUCAGUCGCCGCCCUCUACGAAGAUGCUCUUGUCUAUGAGACCGGAACCGCCAUCACAUCUAGCGGAGCUUUAACCGCAUACUCCGGAGCCAAAACAGGAAGAUCACCUCUCGACAAGCGAAUUGUCAAGGAAAGCUCAUCAGAAAAUGAAAUCUGGUGGGGACCCGUCAACAAGCCCAUGACCCCAGAGGUCUGGAAAAUCAACAGAGAGCGAGCAGUCGACUAUCUCAACACGAGGAAUCGAAUCUACGUGAUCGACGGCUAUGCCGGCUGGGACGAGCGGUACCGCAUCAACGUCCGUGUCGUCUGUGCCCGUGCCUACCAUGCUCUCUUCAUGCGGAACAUGCUCAUCCGGCCCAAGAGGGAGGAGCUGGAGCAUUUCCACCCCGACUAUGUUAUCUACAACGCCGGAUCUUUCCCCGCCAAUAGAUGGACGGAGGGUAUGACAUCAGCCACUUCCGUGGCCAUUAACUUUGCCGAGAAGGAGAUGGUCAUCCUCGGCACAGAGUAUGCCGGCGAGAUGAAGAAGGGUGUCUUCACAGUCCUCUUCUACGAAAUGCCCAUUAAACACAACGUCCUCACCCUCCAUUCCUCCGCCAACCAAGGCCAAGACGGCGACGUCACCUUGUUCUUCGGUUUGUCCGGCACAGGAAAGACCACUCUCUCUGCUGAUCCUAAGCGUGCUUUGAUUGGAGACGACGAGCACUGCUGGAGUGAUCGUGGUGUCUUCAAUAUUGAGGGCGGAUGCUAUGCCAAGUGCAUUGGCCUCUCUGCGGAGAAGGAGCCAGAUAUCUUCAACGCUAUCAGGUUCGGAUCUGUGCUGGAGAAUGUUGUCUUCAACCCGGAGACUCGUGUGGUCGAUUAUGAUGAUGCAACGCUCACCGAAAACACCCGAUGCGCCUAUCCAAUCGAAUACAUCGACAAUGCCAAGAUCCCAUGCAUGGCGGGAGCAGCACCCGUCAAACAUCAUCCUCCUCACCUGCGAUGCUCGCGGUGUCCUCCCACCCAUCUCGAAGCUCACCAGCGAGCAAACCAUGUUCCACUUCAUCUCGGGUUACACCUCCCAAGAUGGCUGGCACUGAGGACGAUUGCUGAGCACAAGGCUAACGCUUGGUUGUUGAACACCGGCUGGGUCGGUGCUGCGCGUGUUACAACUGGUGGCAAGCGUUGCCCACUCAAGUAUACUCGUGCUAUCCUCGACGCCAUCCACUCCGGAGAGCUCGCCAAGGUCGAGUAUGAAACCUAUGAUACCUUCAACCUCCACAUUCCCAAGUCCUGCCCCAACGUUCCCAGCGAGUUAUUGAACCCCCAGCGAAGCUGGACCGGCUCUGCGAGCUUCAAGGACGAGGUCAACAAGCUUGGUGACUUGUUCAACCAGAACUUCAAGAAGUACAGCGAAGAAGCCACUCCAGAGGUCCUUGCUGCUGCUCCCAUCGUUGUCUCUGCCUCUGAGGCUACGUCAACGGCGGCUGUCGAGCCACCAGUCUCCGCCAAGGCAGCUCCAGCAUCAACUGUUGAUCCUACUCAACCCGUACAGGUCAACGGCGACCAUGUCCACGCCAACGGAUCUUCGAUUUGA